UCUCUCUCUUCCUCCUUUCUCCUUUCUGGCUUCUGCCUCCUCCUAAACCGAACAGCAGCAACUGCAGCUCUCGCUCUCAACUCUACAUAGAGAAAGAGAGAAACUUGGCAAAUAGAUUAAUUUGACGGUGAAGCUACAAAACUCCAGAAAUCAAUUGAUCCUCCUGACCGUUCUCCAACUCCCACUGCUCUCUUAAUUUUGCAGGUUCAUCAGACUUCACAACAAUCACUCAAUCAGGGUACCGCAGCAAAUAAACAAACCCGCGGCAUCGCGCGGGAUAAUCUGCUAGAGCGAUCGAGAGAUCGGUUGUGUUUAUUUGCUUUGCACGAGGAGGAGGUAGAGACUAGAGAGAUAGAUCGGAGGCGAAUCCCUAAAGUGAUUAUCUGAUAAUUUUAAGCUCCGGUAAUUGUCUCGCCUAAUUCUCAGAAUAGAUGAAUUAGGAAUCACUCACCAAGGGUUUGAGAAAAGGGUGGUUUCCCAGGACCUGCUGCUUUGGCUUUCUAAUUCACCAGCCAUCAACCGGAAGUUUACUCUUCUUGCUCGGGCAGGAAGGCAGGGAGACCAUAGAAAGUAACCCAAUCAAAACCCUGCCUAAACCCCUCUACCGCUACUCUCUCUCUUUCUCGUUCUUUCCGACUCCUUUUAUCUCUGGCCAAACAACACAGAACCAUGAAAUUCGCAGUGAAGGCAUGGAGCAGUGGAAGAGCACGGGCUGGGGUACUCCAGCUGGGCAGCUGCCCGAACCCAAUAGAGACUCCUGCUCUUCUCCUCUCUACCCGAAAGGGCCUGCCCCUUUUCAUACCCCCUGACCUUCUCCCUUCUCUUCCUUCCCCCGACUCUCAUCUCCUCCAUCUUAGCUCCCUUCACUUCCUAGAAGGCAUCUCACCUCAGACAAUAUCAAAAAUAGGAGGAUUGCAUAAGAUGCUGGGUUUGCCGGACCACGGAUUCGUAGCCAUUCCGAGAGAUUCUAUUCAAUGCCUCCCAGAAUGUAAUAGCACCAAUAAAUUGGGAGCAUCUUUCGAGACUCCCUGUGGUCGCAGUUUGGUUAAGCCUGUAGAGUAUGUUGAAUUGAUUUUUUCGUUAAAGCCUAAUAUAUGGACCGCUUUGGCGGAUGAAGUUCCUGCAUGGGUGUCUGAUAAGAGGAACAAGACCUCUGUUGAUCGAACUGUAAGAUGGCUCGACGAAUGCAUUCAGCUAAAUCGGGCAGGUGGAUCUGUUUUUGGAUCUAUUGUUGGAGGAUCUUCUGUUCAAGAACGUGAGCGAUGUGCGCAAGAGGUGGCUAGCCGAAGUGUAUCAGGCUAUUGGAUUGGAGGUUUUGGGCUUGGAGAGAGCAUGGAUGAGCGCCCUGCUCUCCUUAAUGCUGUUACUGGUUUACACUUUCUCUUCUCUUCUCAUAGAGAGAGGGAGGGAGGGAGAUCCAUGUGUAAUAUUCGGUUGGCACUUGAGGUCAAACAGCUAUUAUCUGGUCAAAAGGAUAUUUUAGAAGAGGAGAAACCACGCUUGGUCAGUGGGCUUGGACUUCCAGAGGAGGUCUUGCAGGGUGUUGCUGCAGGAAUUGAUAUCUUUGACUCUACGUAUAUAUACCAUCUUACCGUUGGAGGCUUUGCACUUACCUUCCCACUAGAUGGUGUUGAGAAUGUCUCUGCUUUUCAGUUAACUAAUAUAGGAAGUGAUCAAACAAAGAUUAAUUUGAGAGCAACAAUUUACAGGAAAGACACUUCACCAAUUGCUCAAAACUGUAAAUGUUACACAUGCCAGAAUCAUACAAAAGCGUACAUCAAUCACCUGCUCAAUGUUCAUGAAAUGCUAGCUCAGAUUCUACUUGAAAUACAUAAUACUCACCACUAUCUAAGUUUCUUCCGCUCAGUAAGGGAGGCAAUUAAGUCUGGUAAUUUUGAGCAAUUCAGACUGAAAUUUUCCGAGAGUAAGCAUUAUCAUCUUGCUUCUGAAGCUGCUGUUGCCUGCAUGUGAGUUAACGUUUUCAUUAUGUAAUUUUGGAGACAUACUGAAGAGAGUUGGAUUAUAUUGAUGAGCUAGUAGUGAAAUGUAGAUAAUUAUCAAUUUCAAAUCAAUUUGAUGACCUUUCCUUUCA